UUAUAAGAAAUUUUCCAGCCGCCUUUUUUUUGCAUCUCGCAGAUUUCUUGGUAUCCCAGGUAUCCUUCCUGCCCAGUGUAGGGUCCAGCGGAUCCAGGCCCUGAAGUAGCGGCUCCUAGUCCAUUGCUUCUGGGGUUUGAGAGGGUAAAUGUGCGCCCGUAAGUUGGAACUCCGAGGAUUAGUUUCUUUUUUGGUGCACCUUUGGAUAACCAGAAGUUCACUGCUGCUUCCUGGAAUAAUCCAAGUACUUACUGAUCUCUGGGAUAUUGUAAGCCCUGGAAGCUUUAUCUCUUCCUGCGGCUACAGCAGCACUCAGCAACAACUUAUGCUUGCUGAAUUUAUACUUCAAGACCUUCAGAAGUUCUACAAAAUUGUCAUAGUCUUGAGGACUACCACCGUCCCCUGCAACAGGAUACUCCCAAUCGACGUCCAAUCCGUUGAACUUGUAUUUCUUCAAGAACUGCACUGCGUUGUUCGCGAACUCUAUCCGGGACUU